AUGUUGAUCCACCCCGAUCGAGCUCGUUUGCAAGAGAGCAAUUCCCGAUUCCAGCGCAACAACAAACGCAAGUUCAAUGAUGACGAUGGUGCUGUUGUAGCAGAGCCAAAGAAACCCAAGAUCGAUCUACCAGAGAAUCUCAAGGCGCAUAUUGUCUUUGUUACCGGUAUCAAGGCAACCGUAACCGAGACGGCGCUACGUACCCAUUUUGGUGGUUGUGGCAACAUUCAGCGAGUAAAACUGACGCCACGCUAUGCCCAUAUUGAAUUUGACAACAAAUCGGCUGUUGAGGCAGCACUCAAGAUGGAUGGUAUCCCGUUGGUGGAAGGCGAAGGCAAACUCAAAGUCAAACUUGCCAAAGAAAGUGUUGCCAAUGGACAAUCGGAAGUGGUGUUCUUUACUGGUUUUGAUACCAUGCUUGAAAUCGCAGACAUUGAAAAGGCAGUGCACAAAAAGUUCAGCAAAUAUGGCACCAUCGUGGGUGAUAUCCGGAUACCUCUCAGUCACAAUAAAAAGAGUCUCAAGCGACCCAAAGGCGUAGGCUAUGUCAAGAUGUCCUCCGUGGAUGAAGCCAAAAAGGUUAUCAAGAAGCUCUCUGGCAAAGAAGUCGCCGGUGGUGUCUUGCGUUUGGAUUACAGUGAGGACAUGUCAACAAAGCCAAAGAAGGAAAAGAAAAAGAAGAAUAACAACAAAAAGAAGCCAUCAACAGAGGAGGAUAAUAGCAAUGUAAAAGACACAUCAUAA